AUGCACGGGCAUGCGCACCACAACCAUGGACGCAAUGUGGAGGAACCAGAGGAGCGAGGAAAUGUUGAGGAACGAGGAGUCCUCGAGGAGCGAGCCGAUGUCGUGAUUGUCUACAAGACUAUGGAUCCGGACUUCGAAGGCGAGGUGGGAGGUUAUGUAACCGGCGCCGAACACAAGACUGCGACGAAAGCAAAUGCUGGUGUUGGUGAUCCUGUCAGCGCGCCAACAAGGACCAAGGAACAAACAACCGAGACCAAAAAUACGGAUGAGGCGACUACAACCAAGACCAAGGAGGAACCCACUACCACCAAAGAGACCGUGGCCCACACCACCCAGGAAACUAAAGCGGAGACCACCGAGACUAAGAAAGCAACCACCACUUCUAGUGAGUCGGAAGCUCCUAUCACGACAACCUCUUUUGUGACCUCGGCAUCCUCCACCUCGGCGUCUUCCCAGGAUGUCAAUGAUCUGAUCACGGCAACCUCCACCGGAUCGAGCAAAGACUCUGUCGCAUCGGCCUCAUCCACUGCUCUUGGAACUACCAAUUCUGAGGGUAUGACUGGUGGCGCGAAGGCUGGUGUGGCCAUCGGUGUCAUCUUCGGCGUGGGUGUGAUCGCUGCGCUGAUUUUCUUCUUUAUCCGCAAGAAGAAGAGAAGUCAGGAGGGAUAUCAGCUGGAGAAUGAGAAGACCUUCGGUGGUGAAGGCCUGCCAGAGGGUACCGCGGCUGCUUUCCCGCCUCCUCCUCCUUCCAAGCCGCAGACUCCUUCGACGCCCCCGCAGCUUAAUGUUCGUCCUGUCACUCAAUUCGCGCCUGAUCUGAGCGGCAGCGGUGCCUUGAACCCAGCCACUGCUGGUUCUUCCACAGGUUUGACCCCAGCCACCGCUGCUGUUGCAGGUGCUGCAGCUGGAUCGGCCGCCGUCGCCUCCCGUAACCUCACUGGUGACACGCCGCCUCCUACUCCGCCCAAGUCUGCUGGGAGCAAGUCCGACCCCUUCAGCGACCCUGUCAAUCCUUUCAGCCCAGCCACCACCCCUGUCACCCAGCCCGCGCCUUCGGUUGCCGAAUCAGCUACUGGACCGUCCGAAUCGGCCCCUGGACCUUCUGUACCAACCGUCGCAGCUGCCGCAGUUGGUGCCGGAGCCGUAGGUGUUGCAGCAGGUGCUGCUGCUUCGUCACGAGCGUCCAAUGACUCUGACCGCUACCAUUCCGCCGAAUCACGCGGCCAUUCCCCCACUGGCUCGACCCAAUCUGCGACUGUUCCUACCGAUGCCACUGCUGUCUCGCCUGUUGCUGCCGGCUUCGGUGCCGCAGGAGCUGCAGGCGCAGCCGGCGUCAUGGCUGCUGGCCCACCACCUCCUAACAAUGUUUACCGUGUGCAACUGGAUUUCAACCCCUCUAUGGAGGACGAGCUUGGACUCCGCGCUGGAGCGCUUGUGCGCUUGCUUCAUGAGUAUGACGAUGGGUGGGCUCUCUGUACGCGCCUUAAUGGCCCCCAGCAAGGAGUUGCCCCACGCUCUUGCCUCUCGGCUCGUCCUGUGAUGCCUCGCGCGCGUCCUCCCCCUGGCUCUCCCGGCUCUCGCGGCCCACCUAUCAUGGGCCCUGACGGUCGUCCAAUGAUGCCCGCCGGUCCGCCCGGCCCAAGAUUCUAUCCUCAGGAUGCUCGCCCAAGAUCCCCCGGUGGCGCUGGCUUCUCUGGACCUCCGCCUCCUCGCCCUUACCCCGGCCCGGGAUCUGCUGUCCAAUUCCCUCCAGUUCCCCGCUCCAUGUCGCCUGGACCUGGAGGUAUGCCUGUGCCUCGCUCAAUGUCUCCGGGACCUGGUGGAAUGCCCGUUCCCCGCUCAAUGUCUCCCGGCCCUCGUUCGAUGUCUCCGGGACCAGGAGGGCGACCUGUCCCACGCUCAAUGUCUCCUGGACCUGGCGGAAUGCCCGGUCCUCGUUCAAUGUCCCCCGGACCCGGCGGAAUGCCUCGCUCUAUGUCUCCUGGCCCCCGGCCCGGCCCGCGCUCGAUGAGCCCCGGUCCAUACGGAGCUCCUGGGAUGCAGCGGCCUGUCAUGCCUGUCAACCAACGCCAACGCAGCAAUAGUGCCAGCAACGUCGCUCCGCCCAUGGCAGCGCCCGCUGCGCCUGCAGUUUCAAGCCCAUUAGCUGCUGCCGCUCCUGCCCCUGCCCCUGCCCCCGCACCUGAUGCGCCACAAGUUUCGAGUCCUCCAGCCGCUCCUGCAUCUGCUCCGGCUGCGCCGCCAAUGCCAAGUCCCUUAGCUGCACCUUCACCUGCACCCACCAGCGAGCUUCCAGCUCUCCCGACUUCCCCGCCGACUUCUCCGUCCGGCUCGAUCUCGCGAAAGCCCGUCCCCACCCAGGACGCUUAA